AUGCUGCGGAGCGCGCGUCCGAUUCGGCUGGCUCAGGCCGCCACCUCGCGGCGGAUCUUCUGGGGCCGCGGCAGCUCGGAUCCGCCGCGGCCGCUCGCACCGCCAGAAACGGUCGACGCGUGGAUGGCCGACUCCACACUCAUCGACCCGGGCCUGCCCGUCUGGCGGCGCGCAGAGCUGUGGCUGACGCUGCGCAUGCUUCACGGGCUUGACCUUGAGGACUUCCUUCGCGGUGCGUCCGGCGCCUACCCCGUCGUGCUGCGGGCGAUGUAUAAUCGCGACUGGCCAGUGCUCGAGCCGCUGGUCUCGGAGCAGUGCCUCGACGCGAUGCAGGCGACCAUGGAGGACAUGGCGCGGAAUGCCCAGCGGGUGGACCUGGCCGGCGACGAGUCCGACUUUCAGAUGAUCUCGUGCCGUCUGAGCCGCGCCCAGAUCCUGCAGAGCGACAGCGAGACGCCGGCAGGCUCGUGCUUGCUACACGUGAGCUACGAGGUGCAGGAGCGGUACACCAUCCUCGAUUGCCACUCGGAGCAGCCGCUGCCGCCCUUUGACGGAAGCGCGAGGGAGCAGAAGUCGACCUGGGUGUUUUCGGGCGUGGUCACGCCACCCACCGGCGAGGAAGCCUCGGGCAAAGGCGAGGGCGAGGACGGCGGCGGAGGCGGAGGGGCGCGGGAUGAGGUGGAGCAUGGGUGGCGGCUGCACUCUGUGGUGUGA